GCCCCGCCUCCUCCUCGCCCCGCCCGGUGCUCCAGGCCUGCGACACCUUCCGCGAGCCGGCUGCGCGCAGGUGAGAUCGGCACCGCGCCGCGCUGAGGGUUAAGGACUGGGAUCCCGGAGAGGUGCUAAUCCAGAGCGCGCCGCGUCGCUAUCUCUGUCGCCGUCGCCUCGCCCGCUGCCGGGAUGCUCGCCGCGGGGACCCGCCGGCCGCACGCGCACGCAGGCCUCCAGACCCUCUCCCGAACCCCAGCCAUCGUGGUCAGCUUGGCAGUCCUGCUGCUGAGCGUCAUGGUGCUCACCACGCUCACUCUCGUCCAGACCCGCCACUCCCAGGUCAUCCCUCCAGGGCUGAAGUAUGGGAUCGUGCUGGACGCGGGGUCAUCCCGGACCACAGUCUACGUGUACCAGUGGCCAGCGGAGAAGGAGAACAACACGGGAGUGGUCAGCCAGACCUUCAAGUGCAGUGUGAGAGGCCCCGGGAUCUCCAGCUAUGGGGACAACCCGCAGGACGCCCCCACAGCCUUCGAGGACUGCAUGCAAAGAGUCCAGCAGCAGGUCCCAGUCUCCCUGCACCGGUCCACGCGAGUCUACCUCGGGGCCACAGCGGGGAUGCGCCUGCUCAGGCUGCAGAAUGAAACGGCAGCUGAGGAAAUCCUCGCCAGCAUCCAGAGCUACUUCAGGUCCCAGCCCUUUGAUUUCAGGGGCGCUCAGAUCAUUUCGGGGCAAGAGGAAGGGGUGUACGGAUGGAUCACGGCCAACUACAUUCAGGGCAACUUCCUGGAGAAGGACCUGUGGCACACGUGGGUCCACCCGCACGGCGCAGGAACCACUGGCGCCCUCGACCUGGGCGGAGCCUCCACGCAGAUCGCCUUCGCUGUCGGGGACACGGGGAUGCAGAAUGCCAGUGACGUCGUGCAGGUGGCACUGUACGGCUACACAUAUGUGCUCUACACGCACAGCUUCCAGUGCUACGGCCGCAACGAGGCCGAGAAGAGGUUCCUAGCGCUACUCCUGCAGAAUUCCUCCGCUGCCACCCAGGUCACCAACCCCUGCUACCCUCGGGGUUACCGUGUCACCAUCCCCAUGGGCCAGGUGUUCGACAGCCUGUGCACUGUCCAGCAGAAGCCAGCCAGCUAUGAUCCCCUCCAUAGUGUCAUUUUUAAAGGAACGGGGGACCCCGGGCUGUGUCGGGAGACCAUGGCCUCCAUAUUUGACUUCAGUGCCUGUCGUGGCCAGGAAGACUGCUCCUUCGAUGGGGUCUACCAGCCAAAGGUCCAAGGGCCAUUCGUGGCCUUUGCCGGCUUCUACUACACGGCCAGUGCACUCAACCUCUCAGGGAGCUUCCCCCUGGCUACCUUCAAUGCCAGCACCUGGCACUUCUGCUCGCACACCUGGGCUGAGCUCCCUAUCCUGCUCCCCAAGUUCGAUGAGGUGUACGCACGGUCCUACUGCUUCUCCGCAAACUACAUCUACCACCUGCUGGUGCACGGAUACAAGUUCACCCACGAGACUUGGCCCCAAAUCCAGUUUGAAAAAGAAGUGGGCAACAGCAGCAUAGGCUGGUCACUUGGCUACAUGCUCAGCCUCACCAACCAGAUCCCAGCCGUCAGCGCUCUGGUCCGCCUGUCCAUCCCGCCACCUGCCUUCAUGGGCCUCCUCGCCUUCUUCACGGCCAGUACCUUGCUGAGCCUGGCCUUCCUGGCAUUCCUGUGCUCUGCAGCCAGGACAGAGAAGCGCUCUGAGCACGCCCUCGAGCAUGCUGUGGAUGCCGACUGAGAUGGGGCUGGGCUACACAGGGACACCCACCCCUCGGGACACAGCUGUCUUUUGGGAGCACAGCUGUCAGGCAUUGCCUUCCUCAGGUUCACCCUAGAGCCCUGCACCACCCAGCACCACUCCUCCGGAGAGCCCUGCCAGCCUGGAGGCAUAGCGACACCCCGUGCAGGGCAGGCACUUCGCCCAUGUUCCCACAGAAAGGGGGUAUUGGAGACGCAGCAGCUUUUGUGGGGGACCCAAGGCCAAGUUUCCAUUCCCUCCUCCGUAUCUCUUCUGGCAGUACAGAGGCCUGCAGUUACACAGUGACUGUCCUGACCCAGACUCCCCGUGAGCAGCUCUGAGCUGGGGACCACAGCAAGGGGUGGUCGCAGGGGCUGGGCCCUUUGUCCUCCAGGACCCAAGGCAGAGACUGCUGUGUCCCAAAGCUGUCUUCGCUGGCUGAGACUCACUCUCACUGCACUCACCCGGGGACCCGAGGAGGGCCUUAUAGGGCAGGAGCUGCCGUGUGUCAGGCUGCGGGCUGGUAGCUGCCCCGUGAAUAAAGAGCCCUUUCUGCCUUG